AGAUGAAAAAGAUAAUUAUCUAUAAUAAAUAUGAAAAAAUCUCAACCAUUGAAAGUGGAGAGAUGAAUGGUUAAGAUUUUGUCUAAGUGUGGUGUGUAAGGCUUGUGUGUGAAUGGACCCUUCCUCAUAUAUAAGAUUUUGACAAGACUUGUAUGUAAAUGGAUCCCUAGUCUCUCUCUCUCUCUCUCUCUCUCUCUCUCUCUCUCUCUCUCUAUAUAUAUAUAUAUAUAUAUAUAUGUAUUGAACUUCAACAAGGAAUUUUGUUUAAAAUCCUUUUUGAAAUGUCCAGAAUGCCUUGACCGAUCCUCAAUGCAUUAAGACUCCUGCCGUCGCUGAGAUGUAAGCAUUCCAGAGUGUUUGUUGAAGUAAACACUUAACAGUUACUUAUAGUUUUCUUUUAUGGCUUCCACAUUGCUAUUGUUUUCUCUCUUUUUUUCUUUGUUCAGUUGUGUAUUUCAUCAUUUUAGUUCUUUUGAACGAGUUCUUCUUUUUUUUCAAUUACAGAUGGAUGAAUCUGCAGGACUAGAGGCAGAAUAUUACCACAAAAACAACAGGGUCUAUUGCUGGAAGGGUAUCCAUUUUUCAGCUUGGCAGGACUUGGAAGGGUUUUCUAGAUUAUGAUCAUUCACACAACCAAGAUAUUUUUAACAUAAAAUCAACUUAGCCUAACUGAAAAUUACAUGGUUUCAUUCAGCUUACUGAACAUGGCAUCAAAGGAGUUGUACCUUUUGAACUUCUCCCACCUGAUUUACAAUCAAAGUUCAAAGGUAAACCAAACGAUAGGACAAAACGUUCCAAAAAAGAAGAGACGAAGAGUGCCCCUUAUCAGAUUGCAACACCUGCAAGUGAGAAUGAUGGGGAGGGAGUCAGUGCAGAGGUUGAAACCUCAGCUGCACCAAUGGACACUGACAGCAUUGCUUCAGCUGCUAAUAGUUCCCAGAAUGAGAGAAGUACUCCUACACCAGAUGAACAAAAACAAAGCUGCGACAUGGAUAUAUGUCAAGAGUCUGGCCAUUUAGAAGCAGAUACUGAAGUGGAGGCAGGGGUGAUACAUAUCGAGACAGAUGCAGAGGUUGAGGUGGACACUGCAGGAUGACUUUUGAAUUUGGAAGACAUUUCUCCAUGCUAGUUACUAACUAAUUGAUGAUGCUCUUGAUAACUUGUGAUUGAUAAGUAUAACUAGAACAGACAAAAAUGAAAAAAUAUAUAUAUUUUUAAAUCUUUUACUCUGGUCAAUUUGUAUCUCUGACAAGGUUGUCUUUGUACUUAAAUCCAGCCCUUUCGUUUUUAAUUUUUUUGCCAUCGUCCAGCCUUUUUCUCUGAAAAGAUUCACUUGUCCAAAUGAAACAAUAUCAGGUCA